CCCUCCUUCCUCUCGGAGGCGUCCUGCGCGCGCGGAGUCCACACCGCGGCUUGCGCUGCGCCUCUUCCCGCCUAAUUCUCCCCGGAGGGAGGCUGGGCUCGGGCUGACUCCCUCUCUCUGCUUCUCUGCUUCUCUUCCAGGCUCCUUCUUGCCUUCCUUCCGAGGAGGAGGAGGAGGAGGAGGAGGAGGAAGAGGCGCCAUGUCUCCGUGGGGCUGGGAGGCGCUGGUGGCGCUGGUGGCGGUGGCCUGCUUGGCGGCGGAGGGCAGAGGCGGCGGCGGCAUGUUCCCGGGCCACGCGGCGGGGGCUGGUGCUGGAGGAGGCGGUGGUGCAUCUGCGGGAGGAGGCGGUGGCGCGGCACCUGCCCCUCAGCCGGACCCCUGCUACGACGAGACGGGCCAGGCCCGGCGCUGCAUCCCGGACUUCGUGAACGCCGCCUUCGGGAAGGAGGUGCGGGUGUCCAGCACGUGCGGGCGGCCGCCCUCGCGCUUCUGCGUCCUCUCCGAGAAGGCCUCCCUGGAGGCGGCGGCGGGUGGGCCCGGGAGCAGCAGUGGGGAGGGCAAGGCCUCUCAGCAGCAGCAGCACGCGGGGGGCUCGUCCCCGCCCCGCCCGCGCGCCUGCCACCUGUGCGACGCCUCGGAGGCCAAGCGCGCGCACCCGGCCGCCUACCUGACGGACCUGAACAACCCGCACAACCUGACGUGUUGGCAGUCGGAGAGCUUCCCGCAGCACCCGCAGAACGUGACGCUCUCGCUCUCGCUGGGCAAGAAGUUCGAGGUGACCUACGUGAGCCUGCAGUUCUGCUCGCCGCGCCCGGAGUCCAUGGCCAUCUUCAAGUCCAUGGACGGCGGGCGGAGCUGGGUGCCCUUCCAGUUCUACUCGGCCCAGUGCCGCAAGAUGUACGGCCGGCCCAGCCGCGCCGCCAUCACCAAGCAGAACGAGCAGGAGGCCGUCUGCACCGACUCGCACACCGACGUGCGGCCCCUCUCCGGCGGGCUCAUCGCCUUCAGCACCCUGGACGGGCGGCCCUCCGCCCACGACUUCGACAACUCGCCCGUUCUGCAGGACUGGGUCACGGCCACCGACAUCAAGGUGGUCUUCAGCCGCCUCCACACCUUCGGCGACGAGAACGACGAGGACGACCCCCAGCUGGCCCGCGACUCCUACUACUACGCCGUCUCCGACCUGCAGGUGGGCGGGCGCUGCAAGUGCAACGGGCACGCCGCCCGCUGCCUCCGCGACCGCGACGGGCUCCUGGCCUGCGACUGCAAGCACAACACGGCCGGGCCCGAGUGCGACCGCUGCAAGCCCUUCCACUACGACCGGCCCUGGCAGCGCGCCACCGCCCGAGAGGCCAACGAGUGCCUGGCUUGUAACUGCAAUCUGCAUGCCAGAAGGUGUCGCUUUAAUAUGGAACUCUACAAAUUGUCUGGUCGCAAGAGUGGAGGUGUCUGCCUCAACUGCCGACACAACACAGCAGGUCGUCACUGCCACUACUGUAAGGAAGGCUAUUAUCGGGACAUGACAAAGCCAAUCACACAUCGAAAAGCAUGUAAAGCAUGUGAUUGCCAUCCCGUGGGUGCAGCUGGAAAAACCUGUAAUCAAACUACAGGGCAAUGUCCCUGCAAAGAUGGCGUGACAGGCAUCACUUGCAACCGAUGUGCCAAAGGUUACCAGCAAAGCAGAUCUCCCAUUGCCCCCUGCAUAAAGAUCCCUGUUGUUCCUCCCACCACUGCAGCCAGCAGCACAGAAGAGCCCUCAGACUGUGAUUCCUACUGUAAAGCAUCCAAAGGGAAGCUGAAAAUCAACAUGAAGAAGUAUUGCAAGAAAGACUAUGCUGUUCAAAUCCAUAUCCUGAAAGCAGACAAAGCUGGAGAGUGGUGGAAAUUCACAGUCAACAUCAUCUCUGUGUACAAGCAAGGGACAAACCGGAUACGGCGUGGUGACCAGAUUCUGUGGAUACGCUCCAAGGAUAUUGCUUGCAAGUGCCCAAAAAUCAAGCCCAUGAAGAAAUACUUGCUGCUGGGCCACGAUGAAGACUCUCCUGACCAGAAUGGCAUUGUUGCAGACAAAAGCAGCCUUGUGAUACAGUGGAGGGACACAUGGGCCCGGCGGCUGAGGAAGUUCCAGCAACGGGAAAAGAAGGGGAAGUGCAAGAAAGCCUAGAAGAUGGAAAGAGAGACUGCACUCAGAGUUUUGUGCAGAAUUUGGAGCAGGUGGGGCGAGAUAAGGGACACUGGCAAAAAGUUGCUUUGCAGUUCAUGGGACUGGGAGGGCAAAACAUGGACUAAUACCUUCUUGUGAGACCUGCCAAUUUUGCACCUCAUACUACCACAAAUUGUAGCGAGAGAACAAGUUUAGAGAAGAGCCACACAAGAACCUACUCACCAUAGGAAUGACUGUUAGAUCUGCCACUAGUUCCAUCAUCCCCUUUGAUUUUUUCUUCUGAAGAGCCCGCCUGCCUUAAAUAGAUACACUGAAACUUGUCAUAACAGAAGACCAUAAUAAGAGGAGGGAAAUGCCUCCCAUACACCUUUGAUUGACAGGAAGCAUGGUGAUGUUCAGGAUGUUGGUUUGAAACAGACUACUGGGACAGUAACCACCUGAGGAGCAAACAGUUGGAGUGGUUAUUCCAUUCUCUAUCAUGCAGAAUCUUGAUAUAUCAAAAGUGGGUCAAGUUUUCAAGGGACAGCUUAGUUGUAAACAAUCACAUUUCACUUACCCUAAUACGGGACAGUUAUUGGGGUGUCAAAGGGUGCACUUUUUCAGAAUGUUGCUCUAAACCACAACCUUACUGCUUCAUUCAAGUUAGGAAAGUUAAGAGCAAGGAAGAAAGUACUUAUGGAGCUGUUGAAAUUGGUUACUCUAGGAAAUAUUGCAAUGCUUUGAUGCCCCCCACCCACUGUGAGAGCGCUAGAUCACUCUCACGCCUACAUUCACCAGAAUGUAUGAAAUAAAUGCUGCCUAGAAGCACUGCAGUCUUAACUGAGAGUAGCUGUUCUCUCUUCCUUGCUUGAGUCAGAGACUGUCACCUCUCCAAACCAGUCCAUCUCCAAUACUGUGGUUAUUAAUGUCUCAUUAUAGGAUCCGCAUAUGGCAGUUCUUCCACUAUCGGCAUGGCUUCAGAAUUCAUUCCAAUCUUUCAUUCUACACAAUUGUAGCACUUUGAUCUCAUUUUAAUGAUUAUGUGGCAUGCUUAGAAUUCUCUGCCAGAGAGUUCUAGUGCCUCACCAAACUACAAAUAGUGUUCCCUUGCUACUUCAUGUUUCACUUUUCACGGACUUGCUGUUUCGCGUGUUUUUGCCACCCAGUUUAUGAAUGGUUGCUGUUGCCCAGAGCAGAGUUCUAAUCCCGCCUUCAGGCAACGAUGGAGUGUGGAAGGGGGUUUCACCCUCCCCCCUUGGGAGGGAGGCAGCCAAUCAAGAGAGAUUGCAAUGCAAAGCAGAGAUAGCUAGCCAAAAAAAAAAAAAAAAAGUGUGUGGUGCCUUUAAAUCUCUCCUCACUUCUGCCUCACCCUUGGAAUGUGAUAUACAUAUAUAACAUCCCUACUUUGCGGAUUUUCACUUUUCGCAGGUGAUCCUGGAACGUAACACCCACACGAAGUGAGGGAACACUGUACCAGGAUUCUGCAGGAUGCAGAAAUGGCAGAUCAAGAACUGGGAUCAGUGCCAUAAUUGUGUAAAACCAAGAUUGAUACUCUUUCUGUAGCAGGGAGGAAAAAGAGAAAGAACUGAUCCCUGAAUACCAAUGCUUACAAGGAGAAAUGAGGGUGGCACUUGACAAGCUAACUCCUCUGUUUGUAAAAGCUUGUGGUAGCCAUGAUUUCAUAAUAGUCUGUAUAGUGACUCAUAAGUUGGUUGGAUAGAAAGAACGACUUCUACAAAUGCACCAUUGUUCAAGCAAUCUAGACUUCUUUAAAAAGAUGGGGAGAGGUGUGGGUUCACUUCCUUUUAAGAUCAUAAGAAGUGAUUGAGAUUUUGUUGCCAGUCACACAAAUCUCCUACUGGUCCUAACUAUAUAACUUGGAGGAUGAUACAAGUAAGCAGUUCAACUGUGAGCUCAGGGCGGCAUGCCCUGCAAAAUACAAACUUCCCUGAGAUGUUUCCUAUUAGGAAACUUGGAAACAUCCUUUUAAUGACAUUUUCCAGUGGUUUUGCCUUGUUUUAUAGCAAUGGACAAUAUUUAUAUAAUGACAUAAACUACCAUAAAACAAACUUCAGCAAAAAUAGGUGUCAAGUGGCCAGAUGCCGGGGAAGUGGAGUAUGGAGGACAGCAGGGCUGGCUGGAAUGGUGAGGCCGGGGGAAGCAGUGACUUCACCCCUCUGCACACAAUUGGGAGUUUCAGAGCACUUGGAUUCGGUAGCCUUCCUUGCUGUGAUAAAAAGAACAGCCUCCCAGAUGAGGUGGAUUAAUCAAUAGAGUUCAUAUCAAUUAUUAUUGUCGACCCAGGGAGAACUAAUUUACUUGCAAGCGAUAAAGGUUGAGGAAGAGCUGAAUUUACAUAAAUAUUAAAAUGUAUUUCAGGACUGAAAAUUGUUUCCUUCAGAGUGUCCAGUUUCAGCCACACAUUGCCCAGGUAUGAUCUUUCUGUGGAAUUAAAAGUAGAGUGGAUGAUAUCAAUUAUAGAUGUAUAGUUAGUACUUCCUUGUAUUAAAAUAUUCCCUGAAAGUGGAAAGCUAGUGCAGCAGAAAGAUCUAGGACUGACCCCCCUCCCCCCAAUUUGCUGGGCCAAGGAUAGGAAGUGUGUGGGACUUCAGAUGGUAUUGGUUCACAUCAUCUGUGAAUACAGGCUAUGACAGCAAAGGCUGAUGGCUGUCCAAUAGCAUCCGGAAGACCACAUGUUCACCACCACUGUGCUUGAUCUGUUGGUUUUAUUUUUACAUGGUUCUCUUCAUGUUGACUGAAUCUUUCAAAAUGGCAUCCCUCCAUCUCCCUCUGACCUGAAGCAAUAUGGUCCAUUCGAACAUCUUAAGAUUCAAACAUCUUGUUCUGCUGUAUGUACAAAACAGACCAAUGUCUGUAACAUAUAAGAGUUGCAUUUUAUGAAAUGUGCAGUUUUUUAACAUAUAUUUGUCUAUUGAGGAAGACCUGUGAUCAGUAUGAAGUACACUCAGUUCCUAUAGAACAUCAGUCAUGCUUAUUGGGCCUACCGGAGAAAGCUCAUUAAAACAACCUCCAACUUGCAUUCAGUCCUCUCUACUAAAGGAAAAGAAUCCUGAAGAUGAAAACCCUGGGUACCAAGACACUGCUCAAAUACACGUUUCAAGUUUUGUCAUCAGAAACCAUUAAUCUUCUCAUCGCAGCAACCCGUUGAGGAGAGUGUAUGGAAGAUGCAGAGACGCAGAAAUAAUGUCGGGAUGUCAGUCUACUAAGAAGGGAAAAUCAGAACUCUGUCUCUCUGGUGGAGUCCCAAGCCAAGACAAAAGAUAAGAUUGGAAAGUCGCGUGACCAUCUUACUUUCAUCUGAUCAGGGCAUCAAAGAGAAUUUAACAUAAGGUCUUGUGGCCACCUGGUUGCAUGGAAUGACAAGCUAAUAUUAUGACCACAGACAUUUAAGUGACCAUCAUGUUGAAAGGAGCAAAAGAGAGAGAAUGAUUUAAAAUGUCAGAAGGCCACCAGACUUCCACAAUUGGUAACUAUUUCUUAAUGAGGUCGAAGGCCUGGUUAAAGUUGGAUUCCUUUUUAUUGGCUCUGCACUUUUAAGUUUCUUAUCAAAAUUUACUUCAGACUUGAUUUCAUAAUCAUUAUUUGGUGAGAGAAACAUCUAAAAUCUGUCUAAAAGCUGCCCCAAGCAAGCAAUUUGCCCAUUUUAUCUCUGCCUGAAAUUUGGCCCAGGUCAUUAGAUUGGUCCCAAUUGGCUUUCACCAAUCAGACCAGAGAACACCAAGUCAAUGGAAGAAAACCUUGAGAAGAAUGAAACGGUGCCUGCUUCCACCAUCCUGUGGGUGAAGUGCCAUAAAUGUAGUAGUGACUGAGGAAAGGUAUACUGAAGAAAAUAUCUCUUAUUAAGAAGAAGAAAACAGUUCUGUUUUGCUACAACUGACAUUUUGACUCAGUGCUCAUGGAAGAUGAUGGAGCAACUCUCAACAUGACUCCAGUCAUAGGAGAGUUAUUUAGGUUAAAAGUCAGUUUCAUCUGGAGAAAAGGCAAAAGUAUUCAGAAUUUGUUUUGGACUGUGUCUAUGCAGAAUCUUAAUGAUCAAAUCAGAUUCUGAAUACAAAUAUAUUGGUAGUUAUUGUGCUGUGGAACAAGCUUCUUCUCCAAAUACACAGACUUCGAGUGGCGUUGACACCAUCUAUUUAGCUUUGUUUUUACAUCUUCAAGUUUCCUGAAAAUUUAUGUUUUGUCUAGAAAUUGGACAUUAAAGAAAACUCAAAGCUGAACAAUAGCCACUGAAGUAUGUUUCUGAAGGUGUCAAGGAAUUACAAUGUAGGCCAUAGUAUGGAGGGCAGGACUAGGGUAGUCCUAUAAAAGUUACACAGCCUGAGGAAAGAAGGUGUACCAAAAGCUUCCACUCAAACUGUUUAACCUGAGGAGAGCCAAGGUCUCUUGAUCUCAAGGCUUGGAUACUUCUCUCUGUUGGGCUGUGAAGGCUGAUUCAGGAAUGGUAGUGUCUUAAAAAUCUACUUUGGGGGACUUGCUUCUGGGUUUUUGAUUAGCUCUCACAUCCUGCACAAAAAAAAUGCUUAUUUUCCUAAGAUGUGCUCAGCAGUCUGAUGAAAUGUUUCCCCUUCAAUGUUCAGAUUUCAAUACAAAAAGCAAAACUCAUGAAAAUUCAACUCAGCCGUACUACUGCACUGUCUACAACACAAGCCUCCUUGUUCUGUCUUCCUAAGUGAAGGUUUCGCCUGCUACAAAAAGGGCUAUUCUAGUAUUCUCAUUACAAAUCUUGUUAUAAUGUUGCUUUUCCUUGAAAGUUCUUUUACUCUCAUGGACAACAUCCUGACUAUGCAACUGUAGAUACAGUUUCAGCCCUGGACAAGAAAGCAUUCUGGAGGCAAUUCUAUGUUUGGAAUAAGUACUGAUAACCACUAUAUAAUCCCUAAAAGCAAUGCUUACAAAAUAAGAUACUUUUAUUGGUGUCUAAUCUUCUUUAGGACAGCCGAAGAGUGGGCUUGCCUUUUAUAACAGGCACUAAUAAUCCAGAAAGCUAUAACGGAGGAUGAUAAGUAAAAAAAAGAAUCUACAAAGAAAACCAAGAUGAGUUAUUGUAGAGUUAGCACAAAGUGUAAAAAUAGGUCUAGAGCUCAGAGACUGUGUAUUAAUUAAAAAUAUACCUUAUUUUGAAAGAAUCUUUCUUCCUCCUACAUUAGUAAGAAAAUCUCUUCUCUAUACAGUCACGACUACUUUGACGGGCUUGUUUUGUACUUCUAAUAUAUAACAAAUCCCUCCCUUGGUACACUGCAGUAGACUUUCAGAUUCAAAAUCAGCUCAACAGAAGACUUAAAGUUAUGUAUUUUAGGGAUUGCCUUACUCCCUACAGCCUCCUCCCAUUUUAGUGUAUGACAGAAAUGUGCCAACACACGGGCUAUUCAUUGGCUGAGUUUUCAAUCUUCCAUCAUGAUCAGAUAUGCUUAGGAAGUAGCAAAUAACCAGAUCAGUUUAGGCCUCUUUUAUGCUACACAA